GUGUUUAUCAACACGGUCGUCAUCUCCGCCAUGGUGGCCACAGCGUUGCCGUUCAAAUCCAUCGCCAUGGGUGCGGGGGAUGACCGGUAUUCUAGUGAAGCGGCGGCCGGUUUGAUAGAGGGCAGCGGGAUGGACCGUCACGGAGACUUGCUGAACAUUUUACUCUUGCUACAAAACUUGGAGGACGCCUUAACGGAGCAGCAGGGUCGGCGACUGGAAGAGCAUUCGAUAGGUCUGGAAAAUAACGACAAGGGUGAGAGCGAUGCUUUCAUGUCUUCAGGUUGUAAGAUGAGUUGUGUUUGCUCGUUUGGUUGUUUGUUUGGUGGAGGUGUUGGAAGAGGGUUGGGGGGGGGUUGGGGAGGGUGAUGGAGGGGUGAUGGGAGGUUGAUGGAGGGGUGUCGUGGGAUGGUUGAGGGGCUACAUUUAGAACGGCUGAAAUUAUAAUAUGGGCUUUAUGUAAUGAACUUGCCCCCCCCCCCAAGCCAAGCAGCUAUUAUUGGACAGGGGGUAAACGAAGAGUAAAAAUCUCAAACAAUCUGAAGUGGGAAGUCAGCAGUCAUAAUGGCAUGAAAUUGAAAAGUAGCUUUCUAUUUUCUAUUGAAAAAAAAAAAAAUCAAGGUAGGUGUCCAGGUAAACGUAAAGUGGGGAAUGCCCUGACAGGCGUAAUGCUGUACAUUCAGUAAGAAAAUUAAUGCGCAACAAAGGUGGGCAACAUUUAUGAAUCUAGAAGCAGAAACUUAGAAUUAUGUUGUGCUUUUACUACUUCGGGAUUCUAAAGUCUGUCUCUGAGAAAUCUAAAUUUAUUUCAUUAAAAAAAAAAUAUGUAGCUAACUAUUUGGAUGAAAUGGCUAGCUGCACUGUACCUAAUUAUUUCAUGAGAUGGAUAGAUGCUCUGUACCUAACUGUUUGAAGAGAUUGAUAGAUGUUCUGUACCUAACUGUUUGAAGAGAUUGAUAGAUGCUCUGUACCUCAUAUAUGAGAUGGAAAGAUGCUCUGUACCUCAUUUUUUGAUGAGUUGGAUAGAUGCUCUUUACUUAACUAAUUGAUGAGAGGGAAAGAUGCGCUGUACCUCAUCGUUUGAUGAGAUGGACAGAUGCUCUGUACCUAAAUAUUUUAUGAGAUGGCUAGACGUUCUGAACCUAACUAAUUGAUAAGGUUGAUAGAUGCUCUGUACCUUACUAUUUGAUUAGAUGGACAGAUGCUCUGUUCAUAACUAUUUAAAAAGAUGGACAGAAGUUCUGUGCAUAACUAUUUGAUGAGAUGGACAGAUGUUCUGCACAUAACUAUUCGAUGAGAUUGAAAGAUGUUUUGUCCAUAACUAAUUGAUGAGAUGGAUGGAUACUAAAAUCAGAACGGUUUAGUGUGAUAGUUUUUUUACUAGAGAUUUCUCGUCACGGUCCACUACUUCAACAUAUAAGACGUCAGCAUUGUUGUCUUCCACUUAUUUAUCUUUCUGAAGUGCAUCAUGAGAAGUAAAAUAACAUUGAUGAACUUCAAGUGUGUUAAACAUGAAGCAUUGAAGGAUCAACUCUCAAACAAAGUUCUCCUACAUUGUUUCGGUGUUUUCGCUGUGGGGGGCUCAGGGGGGGGGGUUGUUUCUUGCUCUUAUCAUCAUAUCAUGCUAUCUUCCCAGUUGAACGGCCGUGGCCAAGAACCCCUCAGUCUUGAUACAUCGGGAAACCGUUUGGAAAUAAAUUCACUAAGGGGUUUUUUUUUCGUUUUUAUUUUAUUUAAAAAAAUUUUUUUUUUUUUAAAUGGGUGGAAUAAAAUCGAAUCCGAGGAGAUGGAGUGUCUAACCAAAUUAGCAGAACAUCCAACAUCCAACAUCCAACAUAAUUUAUAAACGUUUAUCUAAUUUUAAGCCCACGCCGGGCAUGCCACCAGCUAAUCAGCAGCCCCGGAGAUCUCGGGCUGUCUGCACCCUGAGGGGCGUCUGUUUUUUUUUUAUUACUAAAUCAUUAAUUCUAUUUCGAAAACUUGAUUUAUGCUUAUUGAGGGGCGUCAAAGAAUAGAAUUUUAGCAAUUGGAAACUGUGAAAUGUAGAUGUGUGUGCGGAUGGAAGGCUUCUGAAGAACACUUUUAAAAAAAAAAAAAAGGGUUUCUUUGCUUCCCAAAUAGUAGUAUUAGUGCAGCUAUAACAAAGUCAGAUCUUUUUUUUUUUUUUUUUACUUCUGUUAGGAGUAAGAAACGGAGAGAUUUACGGCAUCAGAGGCCGUACAUUUGUGCACAUGUACCGGUAUAUGAACAAGUAAUGUAAGAAGUGAAGCUAGUUUCUUACAAGGGGAAGAAACAGAUCAAAUUAAUAUUUUCCUUUUGCAUUUUUUUUUCUUCUUACAGGCAAUGCAGUCAUAUGGAACCCACAGUCUAAGCGUUUCUUCGGUAAGAAGUGUUCGGAGUGGAUCUUUGAUACAUUGUUUUAAAGCGAUCUGGUUCACAUCGCUCUUCUCUCGAGACCAUAUUUUCUAGGGAAGGUCAAUUACCCAUCAGAUUUGAUAAUGCCCACACAAUCUGAUACUGACAUUGAGAUAAGGGCUUGUGGGGGGAGGGGGAGGGGGGAGUGGCGUAACGGAUGGAAAUAAAACAAUGACUAGUUUGGCGCCCGCAAAAGGUGAAUGUCCAUUUUGGUUAACAUCUCAUGAAUCAUCUUUCAAAACCCGCGCCCCACCAUGAGAUCAAAGGGUUGCACUGUGUCCUUCUCCGCCGUCCGUGUAUUCAAUCAUAGUCUGAACUUUCUGUCCAGUUCUUAAGAUAGAUGGGUUCAUUACGUUGGGGAAAUUACUGUUAGCUGAGUUCUUAAGAUAGAUGGGUCAUACGUUGGGGACAUUACUGUUAGCUGAGUUCUUAAGAUAGAUGGCUCAUAUGUUGGGGGAAAUUACUGUUAGCUGAGUCUUGCAAAAUUUAUAAACUAUUAACAACAGAAAGAUGUACAUAUUUUGUGUGUGUACAAAUUUUUUUGGGGGGUAAAAAUGAAAGUUAAGUGAAUUGAAUUAUGAUGGGUGAACUAAUUCGAUUGGUUGCUAUACAUCAGAGUAAUGCUAAGCAUGAAUUAUAUUGGUUUGAUUGGUGGAUUGAACUCAAUAAGCGUCCAAAAUGAGAAUGCAACGGAGUCGACAAGACCGAAAUAAACGGUUGGGGAUGUCAUUAUAUUUACUUAACGGGUAAUAGCUACAUUAGUCUAGCUUCGUGAGAGUUGAUAUAUAAUCGUUGUGAGGGUUGAUAUAUUACCCUUUUAAGAGUUGAUACAUUAGCCUUAUGAGAGUUGAUGCAUUUAACCUUGUAAGAGGUAAUGCAUUACCCUUGUGAGAUUUGACACAUUACCCCUGUGAGAAUUGAUUCAUCACUUUUUUUUCUCAGAGUCGAUACCACUCAUGGACUGAAGUGCGCCCCCCCCCAUGACUCAUUCAACCCCUGGUCUAUAGUAUUACUCUUGGAGGUUUAUAUCUAUAUAUUUAGCAUCGGUGUGGGGGGGGGGUAGUCCAUCCAAUACCUUACAACACAGCCAACCAAUCGAAGUCUUUGAUAGGAUGCGGGGAAAUUGAGGGUGGGUUUUUGUUGUUUUUUGUUUUUUUGUUGUUGUUGUUGUAGAGACUGUGAUCAAGCCAGAGAGAAAGUAAAAAUUAAGUCUAAUGUAUGUCGCAGCCGGACAUCAGACACAAGAGCGCAAUCGAAGUCUUACCCUCCAACUGAAUGCCGGCCCACGUCAACGGCGCGAACGGAAAAAGACUUUACAUGUCAUUUAGUGGGCGAGGUGGGCAUCAGCCCCAAUCAUGUCACCGUAACCAAUCGACCUGGCACUGCUGUUAUCCGACAAACGGAAGUGUACAUCUGACUUAUUUUGGAAGUUCACUUACUAUAUUAGAUUAAAGUACUAAACUACAAAUAUAUCAAUGGAUUCUUCUGUGAUAAAUUAAGUAUUAAUCCACGAUCGUUGUUCUUGGAAAUUUGACAAUAAAUUUCUACAAAAUCUGGCCAUGGCUAAUCUUAACGUCAAUACAUCGAUUUUUUUUUACCCCCAUCGUGUUUUAAAACAACUUAGGGUAAUCAUAUGGGUAUGUGUCAUGAUAUGUGCCUGUCAUAAUGUGAGCAAUAGCGUUGGAAGGGUGCGAAAGGACCGUACACUCGGGUGGCACAUUUUCUUUAAAUGGAGGGCGGCAUUUUGGGGCCGCAUGCAGUUAUUUUAGCGGAGAUGGGGGUGGCGAAAUUCUCAGUCACCUCGGAUGGCACUUACCCUAGCUACGCUAUGGAGUGUGAGCCUGUCAAGAUGUGACAUGCGAAUGACGGGACCCCGGCGUGACGUAAACAUGUCAUGAUAUAAUCUUGUCAUGGUAUUACCCUGUCAUGCUGUCGCACGGCGAUGAUGUGACCCUGUCAUGGUGUCGCACGGCGAUGAUGUGACCCUGUCAUGGUGUCGCACGGCGAUGAUGUGACCCUGUCAUGAUAAUAUUCAGCUGGGAAAUCUUCCUUCGCUGAAAAAAACACAACUAAAAUCUAAACGAAAACUUUAAAAUAGAAAGUUUAAAACUGUUUGAACAAGAUGAACAAAACAAAAUGUGUAUGUAGAGUCUAGACGGAAGUAAGAUUAUUGAAAACGGAGGUUGUCUCUGUAAACAGGUGUCGUAAUUUUUUCGCAUCCCAACCCAGUCUUUAUUUAAUCAUUCUUUCUUUUUUUGUAUCCAUUGAAAAGCAAAAUCUCUCUUACAAAAAAAAAAUUACCAUUUUGUGAUUCAAAAAAUCAUUUCAUGUUCAAGGAAUUCAGUUCAAAGUAAAUUGAAUCAAAUCAGCAAAAGUCCAGCUACGAUUUUUACUUUCUAUAAAGUAAAUAUUCAAAAUAAUUUAACGAAGCAAAAGAACUUUAUUCCCCCGUCACCAACCCCAUUUUCCCCCACGCGCCCGCCCCUCCCCCCCCCCACACACACACACGUUUUUCUCCUUCUCAUAUUUUCAUCUGUCUUGUUAAGAGCACAACUUUGGGUUGCUUAAAAAAAAAAUGGUGGAUCGUGAGAAACAGCGAGUCAAUAUUUUCGUAACCACAUUUUCAUCUCCGAGUCUGUUGACAGCUUCAGCAUCAGUGACCGUCGACCUAUGACGGUGGGUAAAUUAUUAAUACCACGACGAACUGGUUCAUGUGUGGACGUAACUGUUAAAACUUUAAUAGUAUGAAUUUCUGAAAACCUCGGACGUUUUAAAUUUCCCUCUCUCAGUUUUGAGCUUAACAAUGUGAUGUCAUGACAAGCUGUCCUGGGGGGGGGGGAGGGGAGGGGGCGGGGCAUCCACUUGCAGGGGUUCAAAACAUUUUAAUCGAAGCGAUAGUUAUUUCUCGUUGUGACAAGCUGUAGCAGCACCCCCCGUCAGUGGUCCACUUAAAGUUGCCGUGGACAUUUGAACGUGUCUUUCAAGACCGUGAUGGCCAAGUCACGUCCACGGGAAUCAAACUCUGCUCGCCGCCUGCUUUGUACGGACCUCGAACCAAGAAGGGGAUUUAACAAUUAUUGUUUCGUUCUUUAAAGUUGCUGCGCGCCUGCUGUAGUAAUGUUGCGCAUCGGUGGUUCUUCGUGCGUGCGCAUGCGCAGAAGGCAUCUGCUGUGACACCCACGCAGUUAUAACAUGGCCAGGUUAAAAAAGAAUGUGACAUGGGUCUACGCUGUGGCGAAUUGGCAGUGGUUUCGAUGGGUCUAUGCUGUCACAGAAGGGCAGUGUUUCGAUGGGUCUAUGCUGUUACAGGAGGGCAGUGUUUCGAUGGGUCUAUGCUGUUACAGGAGGGCAGUGUUUCGAUGGGUCUAUGCUGUUACAGGAGGGCAGUGUUUCGAUGGGUCUAUGCUGUUACAGGAGGGCAGUGUUUCGAUGGGUCUAUUCUGUUACAGGAUGGCAGUGUUUCGAUGGGUCUAUGCUGUCACAGGAUGGUAGUGUUUCGAUGGGUCUAUGCUGUUACAGGACGGCAGUGUUUCGAUGGGUCUAUGCUGUUACAUGAUUGCAGUGUUUUGAUGUGUCUAUGUUGUGACACCUUGGCAGCGUUUUCUGAAGUGUUCAUGUUGCGACACAUUUUCAUUGUUGUGAUGAGUCUGUGUUCUCAAAAUUUGGCGUUGUUUGCUAUUGUUCCAGGUCGUGACAAUUUGGGCAGUGUGUCCAUUUAUCUGCCCGUAGGUAAAAUCCCACUUCAAAAGAAUAAUGAAACUAUUCAAUGAUGCAAUCGUGCCCGGCAGCUCUGCGGCAGCUCUGGGGGCGGCUCUGGGGUUGUAUUUGGUCCGGCUGAUCAGAACGCCCCCUGCCUGAUUAAGAAGCACAAAAGUAAAUGUCUUAAUUUACAUUAUAGCAUAGACGUAAAAAGGGCUUGCCGAGAGGGGGCGGUACUCCCCGGGUGGCUCUUUUUAUCUAUACUGAGGGGGGAAUUUUCGGCCCACCGCAGAGUUGUCGUUUUAUUGUGGAAGUGGGCGGAAAUAAACCUGACCCACCCCGGGGGCUCUAACCUAUAGCUACGCCACACCAUAAUUAUAGUCGUACGGUUGUAAACACUCUUAGAAAUGUAGGUCUCUCACAAUGCAAUAAACUUUAUCUGUAAUGUUUUCAAGCUCAUACCGUGCCAAAAAUACAUUUUAAAAAGGACGUUAAAAAAGAAGGCUUAGCGACCAGCUCUCAACAAACUCACAUUAGACGGCUGUGAUUCACGUUUGAUGCAUGGACCUGGUCGCCGUGCAAUAAUGACGCGUCCAAACAAUUCCCAAUAACAAAAAAAAAAUCUCCAGCCGUCUCUGCAUUUUCCUUGUUAUGCUAACCUGUCGCAGUUAAUGAAUGCUACCGUCAAUUUCUCUGUUAUGCUAACCUGUCGCAGUUAAUGAAUGCUACCGUCAAUUUCUCUGUUAUGAUAACCUGUCGCAGUUAAUGAAUGCUACCGUCAAUUUCUCUGUUAUGAUAACCUGUCGCAGUUAAUGAAUGCUACCGUCAAUUUCUCUGUUAUGAUAACCUGUCGCAGUUAAUGAAUGCUACCGUCAAUUUCUCUGUUAUGAUAACCUGUCGCAGUUAAUGAAUGCUAUCGUUAAUUUCUCUGUUAUGAUAACCUGUCGCAGUUAAUAAAUGCUACCGUCAAUUUCUCUGUUAUGAUAACCUGUCGCAGUUAAUGAAUGCUACCGUCAAUUUCUCUGUUAUGAUAACCUGUCGCAGUUAAUGAAUGCUACCGUCAAUUUCUCUGUUAUGAUAACCUGUCGCAGUUAAUGAAUGCUAUCGUUAAUUUCUCUGUUAUGAUAACCUGUCGCAGUUAAUAAAUGCUACCAUAAACUGAAACGUCUGAAGGUCUAAUAAUAUGCCUGAUUAGUAUUUAGCUCAACAUCUGUGUUUAUUUAGCCGUGCAUGAUGAUUUGAGAUGUAGAUCUCAGGGGGUGUAGAUCUCAGGGGGUGACUCACGAAAUCACACUCUAGACAAUCUUUUUAUUGAAAACAUCAAGUUUUAAAUGAUGGCAGCGGUGUGAUUAAUGUUGAUUUUUUUGUUUAUUCCAAUCCUUUAUAUUAACUUGGCUUUUGUUUGUGGUUGGUUAGCUUGGUUGGGGUGGGGUGGGAUUGGGGGGGGGCGCUGACUGCCCGGGUCGGAAAAUCCUCGGACGGCAAACUGGCCCAAAUCCCGUCAAGCUAUUGAGCUGAAACUUGGCACAUAGACGUGUUGCUGAUGGUUACCGGAAAUUUGUUUGAAAGAAAUUUUGUCGACAGAUAAUUGAUCUACGGAAGUUAGGUCGAACGGAGAUUUGAUCGGUUUUUUUUGUUUUUUUUUCGGUUCACACUAUCUAAUUUUCGUCAAAUUUAUUUUUGAACACUCUAUACUAUAUAUUAAAAUAAAUAUUGCGUUCAAAAAGUAAGAAAUAAAAGAGCGAUAAUAGCUAGCACUUUAAAUAAGGUUUUCAUCUAUGACAUUCGACUGUCGCCCCAAGGAUUACACAAGCAGAGUAAAUAUAUAUAUAUAUAUAAUUCAUUUUUUUUCCCCAUUCCAAAAACGAAAUUAUGAUUUUUAAAACAUAGAAACCAGAAUAAUGAUUUGAGAUCUUGAAAAUUUCCUUACGGCUAAGGGUUCAAAUGCGCUAUUAUGGCUGUGAUCGUUUUUGAGAAGGGGAUCAGUGGCGCGCCUUGUGUUUGCGCCAUCUAGGGCGGCCUUUCCCACGCAAAAAUAAAGUCUGAAGUUUGCCUAAAAUUUUCGCCUUUCCAUAUAUAGAAAAAAGUUCCCCUCCUUGCCCCCGUCACCACCCCCCCCCCUAUUUCUACGCCAUCUAGAUAUCCUAUUUAGGUUAUAUACUCUAUGUUUCCCGUCCAAAUGCCUUAUCCACUUAUCCACCCUAAUCCAUGAACCUAUCUAUUUAUCUCUCACAAGGCAUGUCUGGCCUGGACAACGUGGACAGCAUACUGAGCAUUUUGGAAAAACACAACAAGGAGAACCACGGCACGAGGAUCAACAAGGCCCGGAUGUUGCACGCCGGAUAACCAAGCUCACGGACAGACGACUGAAGGUCAAGGACAGCUUGCCCGGCGGUCAUCUCGCCAGACAUCGUCCACUGUCUUAUUAUAUCGUG